AUGGCGUCUACUUCCCUGUGGCUAUUCUUUAGCCUUGUCUUACAAGCUGUGUUAGCAGCCUGUACUCGCCACUACGACUUCACCAUCACCUGGGAGAAUGGAGCUCCCGAUGGCCAAGUUCGAAAAAUGUUCAAGAUUAAUGGUCAAUUUCCUGGUCCCACCAUGAACCUCCACGAGGGGGAUGAUGUUGUUGUCACAGUUAAGAACUUGUCACCACAGAACACCACCCUUCACUUCCAUGGCAUUGAAAUGAUUGGCACACCUUGGUCUGAUGGAACACCAGGCAUGUCUCAAAAUGAAAUUCAACCUGGUGGCAAAUUUGUGUACAAGUGGAAAGCGACGCAACACGGUUCAUUCUGGUAUCACGCUCAUAGUCAUAGCCAGAUGGCUGAUGGCCUCAUUGGACCUAUUGUCAUUCAUCCAGCCGCCAAUACGCCUAAUCCUUAUCAUUUCAUCACCCAAAAUCCGAAAUCUCUCGCGGCCAUCGAGCGGGCUGAGAAGAACCGCAUCCCUCUCAUGCUCUCCGACUGGCGCCAGCUCAUCUCUAGUGAUGAAUGGGCUUCUUCGAGCGUUACAGGCGUCCCAACUCCUUGCUUUGACUCUAUGCUUCUCAACGGCAAGGGCCAGGUCAAUUGCUUGACCCCGGAAGAGCAGAACAAAAUCAUCAUGCCAGAGCAAAUUGGCAUCCUGAGUAGUAUUCCUGGAGCCAAGCUCACCGAUAAAUCAUGUCUGCCCCCCGAGAUUAUCGCAGCAUUUGGUCCUCCCUGGGGUAAUCCGGACCUCAAGGCUGUUCCACACCACUUCUUUUACGGUUGCAAUGCCACCAAGACUCCGUAUCUCACAUUUCCCAUCACACAAAGAAGAGCUGGCGACGAGACCUGGGCAAUGUUUGAUCUCAUUGGAGGAUUCUCAUCUCAGACUGCCCAAGUCUCUCUGGAUGAAAUGUCCAUGUAUGUUGUUGCUGCUGAUGGCAACGACAUUGAGCCAAAGCUGGUCAACUCGGUUGGAAUCAGCAACGGCGAACGAUACACAGUUCUCGUGAAGCUGGAGAAACCUAGAAAGUACACAUUGCGCAUUUCUUCGACUGCGCCAUCCUUCAUGGUAUCUACCAAAGCCACCAUCGACUUCCAGAUCCGUGGCCAGAAACAGAACCCUGCGCCUACCGAUCCUUGGAUCAACGAGACGGGUCAAAACUUGACUGCCAACGUCGUAUUUUUUGACCCUGACAAGGCUCGCCCUUAUCCGCCCCAGACCCCUCCCAAGGCUGAUGUCACCUACAAGUUGGACAUGGUUGUCGGUAAAUCUGCCUCCUUCUGGUCCAUGAAUGAAACUGUCCUCCCAGAGAACACGGAAAACCAGCCGCCCUUGCUCCUGUCGCCACAGCCUGGUAGACAAGACAACCACACCGUCACCACUCUUGGCAAGACAAAAUGGGUUGACUACAUUAUGUUCACACCAGGAUUCGGUCCUUCUCAUCCUAUUCACGUUCACGGUAGACACUUCUAUGUUCUUGGGCGUGGUUCUACCAAUUUUACCUGGAAUACCAUUGAGGAGGCAGCCGCCGCUAUGCCAGACGCGUUCAACCUUGUGAAUCCACCGAUCCGGGAUACCUACCUUACGUUAGGGGAUGCAGGGUCCUGGCUUGCUCUACGUCGACCAAGUGAUAACCCAGGUGUUUGGUUGCUGCACUGUCAUAUUCUUAGCCAUAUUCAAGGUGGACAGUCCAUGAUUCUGCAAGAUGGUGUGGAUGUUUUGCCUCCCAUCCCGAGGGAGUACCGCACAGGAAAAUUUUAA